AUGAGUAGUAAUGCGAGUAGUAAUAAUAGUAAUAGUGCAAGUGCGAGUAGUGAUAAAAGUAACAACAUUAUUAAUGAUAAUGAUAAUAGUCGGAGUAGUAGUGCAAGUGUGAGAAGUAGUAUGAAUAGCACAAGUAGUAGUACAAGUAGUAAGCGUAGCAGUAUGAGUAUUAGUGCGAGUGCAAGUAGUAGUAGUACAAAUAGUAGUUCAAGUAAUUCAAGUAGUAGCAUGAGUAGCACGAGUAGUAGUGCGAGUAUGAGUAGUAGUGCUAGUGCGAGUAAUAGUACAAAUAAUACGGGUAGUAGUACAAAUAGUAAGAGUAGUAGUGCAAGUGCGAGGAGUGUGAGAAGUACGAUUAGUAUGAGUAGAACUGCAAGUACAAGUAGUACAAACAGUAGUAUGGGUAGUAGUGAGUGUGAGUAG